CUUUCCGACUGUACUGUGAUGUACUUGAACGUAGUUCAAUCCGUUGCCGUGCAUUACCCUGGAGGAUGUGGUUAACUGCGGUCGCGACGUAGGACAAAAUGUGGAACCCCGGACAUUCGCGGAAGUUCUAAAGUUAUGGGCAAAUUUGCUGCAGUCAAGAUGGCAAGAGAGAGGAAGUGCAUCCUCUGCGAGACGGUCCACGCCUCCAAGCAGGAGAUGAACGAGCAUAUGAGAAGCAUGCUGCAUCAUCGCGAGCUGGAGAAACUCAAAGGGCGGGACUGUGGCCAUGAGUGCCGGGUGUGCAGGGUCUCGCUGGUGAGCCUGACCGACUACGCCGGCCACAUCUCCAGCCCUGGGCACAAGCAAAACGUGGAGAAGGAGAAGAAGAUGCCUGCCGGCGUUGACCGCGACGAGGACUACUUUGACCAGGCACUGGUGGAGCUCGUUCACAAGAGGAAAGAGCAGAUGCGCAAAGAAAAGGAGGCGGCUGCUGCUGCUAAGCAGGCCCAAGAGGCAGAGGAAGCAAAGAAAAGAGCGAUCCAGCAGAGAAUAAAGGAAGCCAAGGAACGCUACCAGCUGGACAGGGGUGGGCAGUCUUUGCCGUAUGGCUUCGCUUGGAACCCUCAGCAUUACUCUUGGAGGAAUAUACAGCAGCAAGGCUUCCGAGCAACUUCGCCCCCCUCGAACGGCAACAAGAACUACAUGCAAGGAAAGAGCGCCACCUGGCACGCUCAGGCUCCCCCCAACUUCCAGAGGUGGGUGUCGGGCGACUUGCAAGGCGGUCGCUGCCACUCGCAGGACGGUGCUCUAGGCUCCCACGGGGGUUCGUUUUGCACCCCCGGUCGACUGCCCUGGCUCAGUAACCAAGGCAGCAGCUAUGGUGUCUACGGCAGGAAUAACAUUUCCCAGAGCCCACCGAAUAACAGACCGGUGAGCUACAACGGGACCUCUCAAAUGUACCCGCCGCCACCGCAGUUUGUUGCCAGUCCCGUGAACAACCUUCAAAAGAGGGUUGAUGAGAGCGCAGGACCCCAGAACGAGGCAAUGCCAACAGCCAAUCGGGAGCCCGACGGCAAAGAGAGCUUUGGUAGCAACCCAAAGCUGGACAAGACCUGCCGCUGGUCUCCUUAUCCUGUCAGCAAGACAGUGGACUCGCUACCCAGUAAGGAUGCCGUGUCGAACCUGGCAGAACACCACCCAAAAGAGCCCAAAGGCCAGGAAAAAGCAGCAGAAGCAUUUAUCUCCACUGGGAAGGAAGUAAAGGAGAAAAGUAAAUGGAGCAACAACGGUCCUUCCAACAGUCACGCUGAAGUGCCUCCAAAGCCCCAAAGAAUCAGGACCCCUUCUAGUGGACCCCUGCCAUCACGACAAGCACCUAAGCUUCCAGAAACCUCCAGGAAGUCGUUGGCCCGGUCCGAAAGGAGGAGCUCUUUGGACAGCUCCCGGCUAGCAAUGCCUAGACACACCGAGAAGGAGCCGCCCAAGGGUCCGAUUAUGGACAACAAGGAAAACAGCUGCCAGCAGAACGCAGCUAAACCGAAACCAAGCAACCCAGCACGGAGUUCUUCGUCGUGUGCGGCCAAAGAAAAGCUCGCCGCGUCCUCUUCUGAGAGCAUCCACUUCCUCCAGUCUCUUCAGGUCAGCACCUCCACCUCCGCCGCAAAGAAGACGUGGCCCGCAGCCUCAAAACAUGAUGACCCGGUGAAUGCGAAGGAUGCUCUCACCUCGCCACCUCUCAAGUCCGCGGAAGAAGAUCACAGUUCCGAAGGUGACCCCUCCGGGUGGGACAAAACGUGCCCCAAGGCGUCCGCCCUGUCCAAGCUCGACCUGUCUCCCGUCCUGAAGCGCGACCUGACCAAGCGCAUCAGCACCAAGACCAAGACGGGCGGCCACGAACCCAACCUCCACAGCGCCAGGCGCGUCCGCAACCUGAGCGAAUCGCGGCGGCCCGACAGCGAAAAGGACUCUGGACUCAAGCCGACUGUUCAACAGCUCAUAAACUCCUCUGGGUCUCGGCGGAAAGUCAACUGGGAUCAGGUGUACCAGGAGGUGCGCAAGAAGCAGGACAAGGGGAAAGGAAAGCCCAGGUUCGGUAUUGAAAUGGUACCAAACGAGGACCACAGCCAGGAGGAGGACGACAUGGCGAUGCUGGAAAACCUCCCUUGGGAGUCACUGAUGGAGACCUCUACCCCUGCCACAUCCCGCAAGCGCUCCCUCUCCGAGAGCAGUCUGGCUCCGGCAUCCGAGAGCUCGCUCCUCCCGUCCAAGGAGACGCCGCGGAAGUCUUCGAUCGCCAAGGAGACCGGUGGCCGGCCUGACGUGGAGAAGAUUUUGAACCUUGCUGUGGAGGAAGCUCAAAAGCAAGCAGAUAAGCUGAUGUUGGAGAAAGCCAAGGCUCUGCAGAGAACGGACUGCAUGCAAGGAGAAAACAGCUCUGGAGUCGAGCAGAUGGAGGGACACGGAACAGCGAAGAGGCGAAGAACACCGGGGGAUGUUCUGAGUCCAGAGGCUUCAGGUGUGGAACAAGAUACCAAAAGAAGGAAGACCAAAUCAAAAACAGCGGAUCGCUUACAGAUCGACCAGCUUCUGGCCGUGUCGCUGCGGGAGGAGGAGCUGAGUCGCUCACUACAGACGGUGGACACCAAACUGGUCCAAGCGCGGGCGGCACUGGAAGCCGCCUACAUGGAGGUGCAGAGAGUCAUGGUGGUCAAACAACAGAUUACCACAGAGAUGAGCACACUACGAGAAAAACGCAUUGAGUUAUUAAAAGGGAUGCAAGCCGGCAACACUGAAGUGGCAGAACUGCCACCGGUCCGACUGAAACAGGAGAAAACAGACCCCGCGGAACCAGAACUGGCCUCUGUGGCUCCGCUGUGCUCUCUUUCGAGCACUUCAGCUUCUGCUUGGAGUGCCUCACCGCCACCGUCGUUCUCAAGUGCCGUAACCAUCAAGCAGGAGCCACUGUCCCCCGUGCGCGUCAGCUGCGAGUCUGAACGUUCGGAGAAAGUAAAGUGCCACGAGCUAAUUGCUACUGCGGAAAUAAAGCCUGAGCCAUUGCAUGAAGCUGAAGGAGACGCCUGGAGUCUGUCAGGAUCGUUGGAGUCCACCGUAAAAGCCGUUCAGGCCACCAUUCUCCCUGACUCUAAAGCCGACAUGAAGCCGCCGUCGGCCAGCAGGAGGAGCUCCGAGACGGGCAGCCUCGCUGAGCGCCGCUCACCCUCUCCGGCAUUUGAGACCCCACGAGCGCCAAACGCCUCGCCCGGUUCGCCCUCGGAGUUGCGCGGCGGCAAGCGAGUGAGGAGGCUGAAGAAGAGGAAGGUGCUGGAAAAGGCUCAUGGCAGCGCGCUGCCAGAGAGCAGCGACACCGAGAUGGACGCCGAGGCCUCCAGACCCAGGUGGCUCCGGCCGCAGAGGAGGGCCAGCAGCGGCAGCGGUAGCACUCAGGUCAGCACAUCUACGCUACCACGAGUGGGCGAUGUGAAGAUGGAGAAAGAUGCCAAGCAUAUAAAACAGGAAGUGGCAGAAAAGAUGGAAGUGGCCGCAGACUGCCAGCAGUCCCUCGGGACCACCUUGUUUUCUCCUGAAGCUCACAUCCCGGAAUCGUCCAGAAACGAGCAACCGAGCCUGGCGUGCAAUGAGGUCACCUCUACCAGCGACAUGGACAUCUGUAAAUCAUCUGACAGCGACAUGUCAUUUCCAAAGAUAAGUUGGAGCCCUUCCUACACGUCGUCUGGCAUCUUCGAGGGCCACCAGGAGGCGGUGAACGACAUGCAGGUCCACGACGGGCUGCUGUACACGUGCUCAGGAGACCGCACAGUCAAAGCCUUCGACCUGUCGACUCGCAAGUGUGUUGCUGUCUUUUCCGGCCACACGUCCAAAGUGAGCUGCCUGCUGGUAUCGGCCGCCCCCUGCCUGCAGCCCCGUCUGUACUCGGGCUCCAGCGACCAGACCAUCCGCUGCUACAGUCUUAAGACCCAGGAAUUAGAGCAGCAAUUCAAUCUGGCAGAUCGGGUGCUGUGCCUUCACAACCGAUGGAAGUUCCUGUACGCCGGUCUGGCCAACGGCACUGUCGUUUCCUUCGAUCUUACGACUAACAGGCAACAGGACGUGUUCGAAUGCCACGCCCCUCGGGCCGUCAGCUGCCUGGCCUCGUCGCAGGAGAGCUCCCGGCGCAUCCUGCUGGUGGGCUCCUACGACAGCACCAUCAGCGUGCGUGACGCCAAGACGGGACUACUGCUGCGCACGCUGCAGGGACACGCCAAGACCGUCCUCUGCAUGAAGGUUGUGAACGACCUGGUGUUCAGCGGCUCCAGUGACCAGUGCGUCUAUGCACACAACAUCCACAGCGGCGAGCUGCUUCGCGUCUACAAGGGCCACAGUCACGCCGUCACUGUGGUAACGGUCGUUGGGAAGGUGAUGGUGACCGCCUGCCUGGACAAGCAGGUCCGUGUCUACGACCUACAGUCUCGGGAACAGCUGCAGGUGUACACCGGACAUUCGGACAUGGUGACGAGCAUGGUGGUGCACCAGAGCAAGAUCUACACUGGUUGCUACGACGGCAGCGUGCAGGCCGUCAAGCUCAACCUGACGCAGAAGUACCGUUGCAGGUGGCAUGGCUGCUCGCUGGUUUUUGGCGUCAUGGCGCACCUGCGGCAGCACGCGGUCGCCGACCACGCCGCCAACCAGCAGACGCUCCGAUGUCGCUGGAAGGACUGCGAGGAGGUUUUCUGCGCUCGCAAUGGCUCCAAGCAGGCGAAGCUCGCACACGUGCAGAAGCACGCCGACGAGGCCCAACCGGAGCCUUGAGUCCCCGCCCCCCACCUCCCAUCUCCCAUAUUGGGCGGAAGUUUGGGACCUUAGCGUUCCAUGUUGGAAUCCAACGUUUAAGUGUCUCCGUGUCCAUUUUUUCUACGUCCCCGGAACAGCGCGGUGGCAGCUGCGACAACCUCGCAUGCCGCCGCCGCUCUCCGUCUUUUUGCACUGACCAAAAACGAAGACCGUUCUAUUUGUUUUUUUUUUGUUUUUGACGAGGAAACGUCAGCGCCGCCGAGAGAGGGAACGCCGUGCUUCUGAAUCCUGCGGCCGCGGUGUAUGGCAUGGGAAUGUUUUUAUUGUAGUGACGUGUCUUUGUGAGCAACGCCAUCAUGUUUUUAUUUAUUUUUUACAUUUGAGUUAAAAAUGGCUGUUAUUACUUUGAAGUGGGUGACUGGCCAGGUUGCGUCUCAUCAGCAUAACAGCAUAGUUUGUUUUUUUUAAUUUUAUUUUUGGUACCACUUCACAGUAAUUAUUUUUAAACUACUUUGUUAACAGUUUAUAAAGUUAUAAUAAUCUAUAAUGCCUUUAAAAGAGUUACAGCCAUCUUGCCAAAUAAUGAGCCCACAGUUAGCAACUCAACUAUGCUCAACUAUGAAUAAAGGACACUAGCUUUGUUUAAAGAAGGGUUUAUAAAUUGGUCGUUAGCUACUUUGUUUAUAACCUCCAAUGAAUCGUUGAAUAAGAGUGACAUUCAUCUAGCCAAAUAGCGAGCCCACAUUUCGCUAUCCUAAUUAAUUUUGAAUGAAGAGUUCUAGCUCUUGAGAAUUUAUGAAGAGUUUAUGAAGUACAGGUACAUCCCAAUAAAUUAGUAUGAAAAGCUUAAUAUUGUUAGGGAGUUCAAUUCAAAAAGUGAAGCUCAUAGAGAUGCACUGCAGACACUCAGAUUGAAAUAUUUAAUGAUUUUUUUUUUAAUGUAAAGAUAUAAUUGAGAUGAUUAUACUUUACAGCAAACCACUAUCUCGAGAAAAUUGAUUACGUAACAAUCAAGAAACAAUGACAAUGAUUUUUAAUGUAGAAAUUAGGCAGAAAUUAGCCCUCUGAAAAAGUGUUUAAUGAAUCUAUAUAAUGUAUAAAUACUGAAAUAAAUACUUUACCAUAUUCUAAUUUAUUGAGAUGUACCUGUGCCUUGUUUAUAACGCCCUAAUAACCUCCUACAAAUCCUUGAAGAGCAACUGAAAGUGAGCCGCAUUUAGCUGCAGUGCUUAACGCUGAAAGAAUGGUAAUAGCUGUUAAUUAAUGGUUUAUAAUUGGUCUAUAGCAUGGUUAUUAGCCUGUUUAUAAACCCUUAAUGGAAAGUGGUGUCUUUAUUUCCUUACAGGUGUUUGGUUUUUUUUGGUCGUUGCUCAGGUUUUUUUUUUUUUUUUUUUUUUUUUUUUUUUUAAAGGACAUUUUAGGGGUUUUGGUGCAGUGUCGUGUGGCCGUUUGUCAUUUUUUGCAGUGAAAAUGAAAGGUGUUGGCGUGAAAUGCACGUGUGAACGUCUCGAGAUGUCAACACGGCCAAAUAGGACAUCUCUUUGAAAAUGUGAAAUUUUUGAGCUGACUUUAUAAUAGGAUUCUAGCUGUUUUGUUAUCGAUGGCAGAGGGUGGGAUACAUUGCGGCCGUGCAUUUUUCUUACUUCUAAUUUAUUCAUAGAGUAGCGUUGGGGUAAGAAGAGGAGGUGACGACGCAUGUGUAGAGGAGGUGUUUGAUGGAGCAGCAGGAAGAAAUUAGGGAUUAUCUCCCAUGCCAUACCCCCAACUCCCACAUCUCAUAAAACAAAAUAAAAACAAAAUUCAGAUAAAUUUUAACCUCUCGGUCGCCCUCGUCGGCAUACGUUCUUUACGAUGUUUUCAUCUGAAGUCAGAAGGAAGCAAAACAUGGCGUUCACCUCCGGCCUGGCAACACUGACUUUGUUUCAACUGCUUCAAUCAUGUUACCUGAUUUCGUUUUUUUUUUAACUGUUCAAAGACAAAUAAUAAUAAAAAAUAAUUUGCAACACUA